AGCAACCUAGACCACCCUCAACUACUUUGUCCUCUUUCCAUGUUAGGUAGCCCAUGUCAUCACAUAAAUACUACACUCACCCUCCAUGAAUGACACUCCAUCCUACAGAUAUAUUUCAUUCUUUCUAUUCUCUUAUUCACCAUUUUGUUCUGAGAUUCAAAAUGUUGGCCAUUUUUCACAAGGCUUUUGCUCAUCCACCUGAUGAGCUAAACAGUCCUGCAUCCUACAAGGGUGCCAAGAAGCCUAAGGUUCCUGAGGAAACUCUAAGAGAGUUUCUAUCCCAUCAUCCUGAUAACACUUUUUCAAUGAGUUUUGGUGAGGCUGCUGUUCUUGCUUAUGUUCGCCCUGAGCGACAUUUCUCCUUUCGUCCAAGGCUGUUUUGUGCAAUUGAUGACAUUUAUUGUCUCUUUCUGGGGACCUUGAACAACCUGUGUUCACUCAAUAAGCAAUAUGGUUUGACAAAGGGUACUGAUGAAGCCAUGUUUGUGAUUGAAGCUUAUAAGACGCUUCGCGACCGCGGUCCUUACCCUGCAGAUCAAGUUGUCAAGGGUCUUGAUGGAAGCUUUGCCUUUGUUGUCUAUGACAGCAAGGUUGGCACUGUCUUUGCAGCUCUGGGUUCUGAUGGUGGAGUGAAGCUAUAUUGGGGUAUUGCAGCUGAUGGAUCUGUGGUAAUCUCUGAUGAUUUAGAUGUUAUAAAAGAGGGUUGUGCCAAAUCCUUUGCUCCCUUUCCAACAGGGUGUAUGUUUCACAGUGAAGGAGGUUUGAUGAGCUUUGAGCAUCCAAUGAACAAGUUGAAGGCAAUGCCAAGGGUAGAUAGUGAAGGGGUCAUGUGUGGAGCUAACUUCAAGGUUGAUAAGUAUACAAGGGUCAAUAGCAUACCUCGAGUGGGAAGUCAAGCCAAUUGGAUGGAAUGGGAACAGCAUUAGUUUCAAAAUGAGACAUGUAUAAACGUUUAACUGUUUAAGUGAUGAUGUAUGUCAGUAUGUGUAAUAAUGCAAAUAAAUGCCAUGCCACUUAUGUUCCUUUCUUAAA